UGAAUUUAAUGGUUUUAGAUAAAAAGGUAGUGACCUUCAAUUAUCCCCCAUACUUUUUUUCUUUUUAAUCCCUUUUUCAUUAUCUAUCUAAUUCUUCUGUGAACACCAAGGCAGCUCUCAAACAAGAAAACUAGUUUUUAUUUCAAUCCAAGUUUAUGAGUAUAGGUUUUGCAUGGGGUUCUAUUAAAAACCUAAACAAAUUUCAUUCAAUAGCUAUUUGAUCUCAUCAUGAGGAAUUCAGCAAGCAAUGUUAUGAUGGAGAUAGAAUCCAAUAAACCAGCAGGGAAUGGGAUGGUGAUCGGUGGUUUAAGUCCUUUAAGUGAAACCUUAUGGAGAGAGAAGACUAACACCGAGUUUGUAGGAGAUGUAUCAGCCAGACUCACUUGGAAAGAUCUCACCGUAAUGGUAACUCUCAACAAUGGUGAAACUCAAAAAGUACUUGAAGGACUCACUGGUUAUGCUGAACCAGGUACUUUAACAGCUCUAAUGGGUCCUUCAGGCUCUGGCAAAUCAACCCUUCUUGAUGCGCUUUCAAGUCGUUUAGCUGCCAAUGCUUUCCUAUCAGGAACCAUUCUCCUCAAUGGUCGUAAAACCAAGCUUUGCUUCGGGACUGCAGCCUAUGUGACUCAAGAUGAUAACUUGAUCGGUACACUGACUGUUCGAGAAACAAUCUCUUAUUCGGCUCGAUUACGUUUGCCUGAUAAGAUGCCAUGGUCCGAGAAGCGAGCACUUGUUGAAAGUACUAUUAUCGAGAUGGGGCUCCAAGAUUGUGCCGAUACCGUCAUCGGGAAUUGGCAUUUACGUGGGAUUAGUGGAGGAGAAAAGAGGAGGGUUAGCAUAGCUCUUGAAAUUCUAAUGAGGCCUAGAUUGCUAUUUCUUGAUGAACCAACCAGUGGACUUGACAGUGCUUCGGCAUUUUUCGUAACCCAGACAUUACGAGGGCUGUCAAGAGAUGGUAGAACAGUGAUUGCUUCAGUCCAUCAACCCAGUAGUGAAGUGUUUGAGCUAUUUGAUCAGUUGUAUUUGCUGUCAGGGGGCAAAACUGUUUAUUUUGGUCAAGCAUCUGAAGCAUACGAGUUCUUUGCACAAGCUGGAUUUCCAUGCCCUGCCUUGAGAAAUCCAUCUGAUCAUUUUCUUAGAUGUAUCAAUUCUGAUUUUGAUAAGGUUAAGGCUACUCUUAAAGGUUCCAUGAAAUUACGGUUCGAGGCAAGCGAUGAUCCACUUGAGAAAAUAACCACAGCCGAAGCGUUCCGAACACUUACUGAUUUCUACCGAACAUCUCAACAAUGUUACGCUGCAAAGGAAAGGGUUGAUGAGACAUCCAAAGUUAAAGGAACAGUGUUAGAUUCUGGAGGCAGUCAAGCUAGCUUCUUGAUGCAGUCAUACACUUUAACCAAACGCUCAUUCAUCAACAUGUCCAGAGACUUUGGCUAUUAUUGGCUGAGACUACUAAUAUAUGUUGUAGUCACUGUCUGUAUUGGAACCAUUUAUCUCAAUAUUGGAACCAGCUACAACUCAAUUCUGGCAAGGGGUUCAUGUGCAUCUUUUGUUUUCGGUUUUGUCACAUUCAUGUCAAUAGGUGGGUUCCCUUCUUUUGUAGAGGACAUGAAGGUUUUUCAAAGGGAAAGGUUAAAUGGGCACUAUGGUGUCACCGCAUUUGUUAUUGGGAAUACAAUCUCAGCUAUGCCAUUCCUCAUUAUGAUCACUUUCAUCUCUGGAACUAUUUGUUACUUCAUGGUUCGUCUUCACCCGGGUUUGGAACAUUAUUUGUUCUUCGUAUUGUGUCUUUAUGCUAGUGUUACUGUGGUUGAGAGCUUGAUGAUGGCCAUAGCCAGUAUUGUCCCUAAUUUUCUGAUGGGUAUUAUCAUAGGAGCAGGGAUUCAGGGAAUAUUCAUGCUUGUUUCUGGGUACUUCAGGCUCCCGAAUGAUAUCCCAAAACCUGUCUGGCGUUACCCAAUGUCCUACAUCAGCUUCCAUUUCUGGGCUCUACAGGGGCAAUACCAAAAUGAUCUAAAGGGAUUGCUAUUCAAGAACCAGUCCCCAGAGCUUCCCCAGAUCCCUGGUGAAUACAUACUGGAAAACGUGUUCCAAAUCAAUGUAAGACGGUCCAAGUGGAUCGAUCUGAGUGUUAUAUUCAGCAUGAUCAUAAUAUAUCGAAUCAUAUUCUUCUUGAUGAUAAAGAUCAGUGAGGAUGUUACACCAUGGAUCAGAGGUUUGAUAGCCAGGAGAAGGAUGCAACAGAAGAACGGAAUACAGAACACGACAGUGGCACCUGAUGGUCUCACCCACUCACCUUCCUUGAGAACAUACGUAGCUACCACGAGGGAUAAAAGAUAGAUUUUAGGUUUAUGCUUCGCAUGCUAUCCUCACAUGAUUAACAUCUCUUCCAUAGGCUUUACUUGUUCUAUUUUUUUUUUUUGUUAUUAUCUAUUCUAUAUAUAAAAUGGUGGGUUAAAUUAA